GCUGGUUUAGAGGUGAGGGCCAGAUAGCGGCUAGAUCGCCCAUGCAACCUGUGCCUCGUACGCUACUUGGGUAGGUCAUACCUGAUGGCCCCCCACGACAAGGGCUGCCUUGACGAUGUUCAGGUCUUGGGUGCGUGGAACUUCACUCUUCAAGCGGAUACGCCGCUCUACUGGCUUCGCUGCGGGCGAUUAGACAAGUACCUCAUGAAGUUCACCGUGCACGCGCCAUGCCCCUGUACUUGUGGCAUCGUGCUGCACGCAGAGGCGGACUUUGGAGGCACCGAUGGGGCCUCCUUCUGGGUUGAGCGCAGGAAGUCUGAAGAUGGCCAAGGGACCAAGAGAUACCUGCUCUCCGGUGAUGGCUUGGACUCCAGGCCCAUUGUCACCAAACAGUACCCUGAUAGCGACUCUGACAGCAAGGAGGAGAUUGAGGUGCUAAUGCAAGGCUACAAUGGUGUGAUCAUGGUUCAAAACCGCAAAGUACACCUGAAGUUCAAGUGCAGGCGCAACAAAGGCUCCAUUGCCUUCUACAACUCCACACAGAGCGACCGGGACGACGUCCAUUUCGCAGAUGUCCGCAUCACCGCCAUCCAGCGGGGGCCGAUGGAGGUCGCUGGCUGGUUGGGUCAGCGGGAGCGACAACUGCUGGGACGUGAUCGAGAGGAUCCAACGACGACCGUCCAAGACGAGGACAACGUUGGUUUGCGACCUGAAGACCCAGAUCCUGCCAGAAGCACUUCGACCUCUCGAAUGUCACGAACUCAGAAGCAGGCAACCUUGCUUCGCUCUGGAGUGGGCCCCGUAAAGAAGAGGCCGAAUGGGCCGCUGCAUCAAAGCGGCAAUGUCCUCCGAAGGAGCGCGUCGGAUGUGGUUUUGCCGAAAUCCAAUACGAGAUCGACCAGGUGGAUUCCACUGGCGAAGAAUGCGCCUGCCAGUGAGAAGCAGCUGAUACGGGAUGCCAUGCCCAAGCUGGCCAAAUCGAAAGAUGCUUGCCAGGAUUUCAUCGCAAUGCCACUCUGAGAGUUGGCAGGCGCAUGCCGUUGGCAUACCUGCCCAGCGGACAGUCCUCAUCAUCUCGCUUGUAUGCAAUCCUCAGAAUUUCAUCUCAAGGCUUUGACUCUAGGGGC